UCGGUCGUGCACGAUGAUGUGCCCCGGCCGAAGCGGAGCGGCCGCGCUCGUCGGGGGCCGGGGAGGGCUCAUCGUCGCGCGCGAGGUACGGACUCCGGCGGGACGGGCUACGGUCCACCUGCGGCAGGCGGCUCCGCGUGCCCGACCACUCCUGCCGGCGCCACUCCUCCCGGCACGGCGGCCGCUCCUCCUCGCCGGCGUACUCGCGGAGAUACAGUUUGGCGUGUUUCCCGCGUCAAUUCGAACGCAUUGUGCACUGGACUGGGUGACGGGCGCGCGAUCACUGAACGGGACGCUCGGAUCAUCGAUCGUACUCCGGGAACGCAUGCGCGAUGGACGGAGAAGACGGCCGAAUAGCCUACCUGUUAUUGAACAGCUAGGCUCAUAUGAUCCAAUGCCUAAUAUGGAUAAUGAAAAAUUGGUGGCUCUGAACUUAGAAAGGAUAAAGUAUUGGCUCGGUCAUGGUGCUCAUGUUACACCUCCAGUCGCAGAAUUAUUAGGUUUAGCAGGUUUCUUCCCCAUUCACCCCCGAUCCUACAUGACUGCAUGGAGAAACCGAGCGACUGAGAGAGAGAAUCUAGCAAAGGAAGCUGAAAAGGCUGCACAGAAUAAAGAUGCAUAAAUUAAAUUACUCAUAAAUAGUUUUUAUUAGGAAAUAUAAUAAUACAUU